AUGCUCCCAAAACAGCCCUCACUCCUCCACCCAUCUUUUCCACAUGCAUUCUCAGCAACAACCUUAACUCACAACCCCAAAACCCUCUUCUCUUCACUUUCACCUCUCUCACCAGCUUCCCCGCAAAACCCAAAACCACAUAUUCUCCAAAAGUGCAUUGCUCUCUUGCAAUGCUGUGCAUCCUCCAAGUUGAAGCUGCAGCAAAUCCAUGCCUUCUCUGUAAGGCAUGGUGUUCCACUCAGCAACCCAGACAUGGGCAAACACCUCAUUUUCACCACUGUGUCUCUCAAAGCCCCCAUGCCCUAUGCCCACCAGAUAUUUUCCCAAAUCAGAAGCCCUAAUGUCUUCACAUGGAACACCAUGAUUAGAGGAUAUGCUGAGAGUGAGAACCCAACUCCUGUUCUUCAACUUUACCACCAAAUGCAUGUGAAUUCUGUUGAACCUGAUACACACACUUACCCUUUUCUUCUAAAGGCUGUGGCUAAGUUGACGAAUGUUAGAGACGGUGAGAAGAUACAUUCCAUUGCUCUGAGAAAUGGGUUUGAGUCAUUGGUCUUUGUUAAGAACACCUUGCUUCACAUGUAUGCAUGUUGUGGCCAUGUUGAGAGUGCACACAGGGUGUUUGAGUCAAUGUCUGAGAGAGACCUUGUGGCUUGGAAUUCUGUGAUUAAUGGGUUUGCUUUGAACGGGAGGCCCAAUGAGGCUUUGACUAUUUUCAGGGAUAUGAGUUUGGAGGGUGUUCAGCCAGAUGGGUUCACCAUGGUUAGCUUGUUGUCUGCUUGUGCUGAGCUUGGAACUUUGGCUUUGGGUAGGAGGAUCCAUGUGUAUAUGCUGAAGGUGGGCUUGACCGGGAAUUCACAUGCUACUAAUGCCCUUCUGGACCUUUAUGCAAAGUGUGGGAGCAUCAGAGAGGCACAAAAGGUGUUCACAACGAUGGACGAAAGGAGUGUGGUUUCUUGGACUGCUUUAGUUGUUGGGUUGGCUGUUAACGGGUUUGGUAACGAAGCACUUGAGCUUUUCAAGGAGUUGAGGAGAGAGGGAUUGGUGCCUACUGAGAUCACUUUUGUUGGGGUCUUGUAUGCCUGUAGUCAUUGCGGGAUGGUUGAUGAAGGAUUCAAUUACUUUAGAAUGAUGAAGGAGGAGUAUGGAAUUGUCCCCAGAAUAGAACACUAUGGUUGCAUGAUUGAUUUGUUAGGUAGGGCUGGCUUAGUGAAAGAAGCAUAUGAAUACAUUAACAACAUGCCCAUGCAGCCCAAUGCUGUUAUCUGGAGGACCUUGUUAGGAGCAUGCACAAUACACGGGCACUUGGCUCUCGGAGAGACUGCAAGAGCCCACAUCCGAGAGUUAGAGCCUGGACAUAGUGGAGAUUAUGUGCUCCUUUCCAAUCUCUAUGCAUCUGAGCGUCGUUGGUCAGAUGUGCAAAAGGUGAGGAGGACAAUGCUUAGUGAUGGGGUGAGGAAAACUCCAGGGUAUAGCAUUGUUGAGUUGAGGAAUUGUAUUUAUGAGUUUACGAUGGGUGAUAGAUCUCAUCCCCAAAGUGAAAAGAUAUACACAAUGCUAGCAGAGAUCACAAAUCUGUUGAAACCGAAAGGGUACGUGCCCCAUACAGAAAAUGUUCUUGCAGACAUAGAGGAGGAGGAAAAAGAAAAUGCAUUGUCCUACCAUAGUGAAAAAAUUGCAAUUGCCUUUAUGAUCCUAAAUACUGCAUCAGGAAUCCCAAUUAGGAUUUGGAAGAAUUUGAGAGUUUGUGCAGACUGUCAUCUUGCAAUUAAACUCAUAUCCAAGGUUUAUGAGCGGGAGAUUGUUGUGAGGGAUCGUAGUCGAUUUCACCAUUUCAGAGAUGGUUCUUGUUCUUGUAGAGAUUACUGGUAACAUCUGGAGUGCUUUGCUUCUAUGAGUCGAGCUCAAAUGAUAAAGAGGUGUGGCAUGGCAGGGAUGAAGCUGCCAUUGAAGAUCUGCAUAUGACACGCAAAGUUUGGCCAUUUUUUGGCUUGACUGGCCAGUCAUUUGUUGCGAAUCUAUGGCCUCUUCUAUGCUUUUUGAUAGCAAUCCUUGACAAAAUAUUAAGCUCCAAAGAGUUCAAUUACAAAUGUCAUAUCAUUAUCUUCUAAACAUUUUUGUGUUCCAAGUUCUUAA